AUGAGACCACGCACGGUGAAGGUGCCAAAGGUUCUGGCCAAGAUCGAUGCUGUGGAGACCACUUCCUUCCCCAAUCAGUAUGAGGAGGCUUUAGGGAUGAGGAAGACACAGCAAGAGCGAGACCCUCAACCAAGGCAGCUACUGCUGCCACAGCCAGUGCACCUUCCGGGGCCAAGGCCUGGUAUCUGGCAACUGGACAGCCUCAUGCAGAUUGCACCGGUUCUAGUGGGCCAGUGUGGCAGGGGGCACAGGAAGCUGUGGGGUCCUGAGUCAGCAGACUGCGUCCAGCACCUCCUGAGCCCUGUACAGUCGGUCACUUGUGCCCUGACCACUGUCACCAUGCCCAGGGACAAGAAUGAGCGUCAUUCCUCUAGGAAGCCCCGCCAUGCCCAGGCCCAGGCUGACACUCUACAUGGCACCACUGGGCCUACUUCUGCAGCAGCAGCAAAAGGCAGUGGUUCCCAGGCUUCUCAGGGCAAUGCUGGCACCAAGACCUCCAGUGAUUCCAGGGCAGCCUCUGGCCCCAAAGGAGCUCAGGCAGGGGCCCGGUCCAAAGCCCACCCUGCAGUCAGACCCAGCGCUGGAGCUCAGGGAGCUGGCUCAAAGUCAAAAGGGGAGCAGAAAGCCUCAGAGUAUGGCCCAGUGCCCUCAGGUCCUGACGCCAUAAGCAGGAUGGUGGCUGUGCUGGAGCAGUUCCUGCUGUACAAGUUCAAGAUGAAGCAGCCCAUCCUGAAGGCAGAAAUGCUUAAGUUCUUGGGCCAGAGGUUCCAAGGUCGCUUCCUAGAGAUGCUGAAGAAAGCCUCUGAGCGCAUUGAGACCCUGUUUGCAGUGCGCGUGCAAGAAGUGGACUCAGUGACCCAAGCCUAUGACCUGGUGGGCGAGCUCAAGCUCCCCAACCACGGUAGGGUGUGCCCUGGCAAGGGGCUGCCCAAGUCCGGGUUCCUCAUGCAUGUCCUGGGCAUGAUCUUCCUGAAGGGCAACUGCGCCAGUGAGGAAGACAUCUGGAGGCUGCUGGGCACUAUGCAGGUGUACCCGGGCAGGAAGCACAACAUCUACGGGGAGCCCCGCAAGCUCCUCACCAAGGAUCUGGUGAGGCUGCAGUACCUGGAGUACCGCCCGGUGCCCAACACUCAGCCCCCCCGCUACCAGUUCCUGUGGGGCCCCAAAGCCCAUGCUGAGACCAGCAAGAUGAGCGUGCUGCAGUUCAUGGCCAAGAUCAAGGGCACGGUGCCCAGCUGCUUCUUACUCCAGUACCAAGAGGCUCUGCAUGAGCAGGAGGAAAGAGCCCAGGCCCUGAGCAUAGCUGGCUCCAGGGCCAAGGCUCGAGGCGCAGCUGGCUGCAGAGCAAAGGGGUGCUGGGCCAGUUCCAAGAGGUCCAUCCAGGCUCCUUCUACUCUGGCAUAUAAGGAGCUUACACUUUGA